UAUUUGCAUUUAAUUUAAAUAAAAUAGGUGUAGUGUUUUUAACUUCUCCAUUUCCUUUUUGUCAAGAAAAAAAACUUCUCCAUUUCGUUCGUUAAGAGAGAGCUUUCGUUUUUAACAGAUUUCCCGCGAGAUACAAGGCUUUCUUCCAUGGCGAUCUUGUGGUAAUUGCGUGUACUUUUUAUACCCUGGCCGCCUGUAGUAAUCAUUCAACAUUCAAGUUGAUAGCCGAAAAAGAAUGAAAAAAGUUCCCUCUCUCUCGCACCCGGAUCUGAUGCUUCACGUCGCACGCUAAGCAGUGCGUCUCUCGCCGUUAGAUAAAAUCUGGCCUAUCUUGACGCGUGGGACCCGCCGCUAUCGGACGGCCUUCGCUCCAGCCGGACAACGCAUAAAGCGGUCUUCUUCUUCAACAAAACGCACUAAGCUUCUUCUUUUUAACCUUUUUCUGAUUUUUCAAUGUACAAAACUGUACUCGACGAAAGUAACUGAACUAGAUGAGAGGUUGAGUUAGCACGGUAGACGCAAUCGUUUUGCUCGCUAGUUCUAUGCUCGGCCGAUUCCGUUGAUGCGGCCUGAAGCGCUUCUGGCUUCAGAUUUCUGAUUUGCAGCAAGUGGGGAUUCAAUUGAUGACCAACAUAGUCGCUUCUGAGGAAAAUCAAGUAUUGGAGUUUGCAUACUUGAGCAGUGCAUGGUAAAAUUAUUCAGUAAAUUGAGAAAAGGGGCGAGUUUGUUGGAUGGAGACUGCUAAGCGAUGGUUCAGUAAGUUCCGCCUUAAAGAAAAGUCAAAACCUUCCACGAAGAAGGAAAGCACAACUAAUGGGAAGGAAUGCUCGAAAACUGCUGUCAAUGAUGAAGUACCGCCAUCAAAUGCCACUAAGCAAAAGGUUGCUGCUGCAAAGCAGUAUAUAGAAAAACACUACAAGGAGCAAAUGAAGAGCCUGCAAGAGCGCAGGGAACGACGUAACAUGCUGGAAAAGAAACUAGCUAAUGCUGAGGUUUCUGAGGAGGAGCAAAACAAUAUCCUGAAGUGCCUUGAAAAAAAGGAGACAGAAUUUAUGCGCCUUCAAAGGCAUAAAAUGGGUGCUGAUGACUUUGAGCCAUUAACAAUGAUAGGAAAGGGUGCAUUUGGCGAGGUUAGAAUAUGCAGGGAGAAGACAACUGGCCACAUCUAUGCCAUGAAAAAGCUCAAAAAAUCUGAAAUGCUUCGUAGAGGCCAGGUUGAACAUGUCAAGGCAGAAAGGAAUCUACUUGCAGAGGUUGACAGUAAUUGCAUUGUCAAGCUGUACUGUUCUUUCCAAGAUGAUGAGUAUCUAUAUCUAAUUAUGGAAUAUCUUCCUGGAGGUGAUAUGAUGACUUUGUUGAUGCGUAAGGAUACACUAACUGAAGAUGAGGCAAGAUUUUAUGUUGGGGAAACAGUGCUUGCCGUAGAAUCUAUCCAUAAGCACAAUUAUAUUCACAGAGAUAUAAAGCCUGAUAACUUGCUUCUUGAUAGAAAUGGUCACAUGAAAUUGUCUGACUUUGGAUUAUGUAAACCAUUGGACUGUAGUAAUCUUCAUGAGAAAGAUUUUACCAUGAGAAAUGACUAUAGUGGUGCUCUUCAAAGUGAUGGGCGUUCUGGGCCUCCAAAGCGCAGUCAGCAAGAGCAACUGCAGCAUUGGCAGAAGAACAGGAGAAUGCUUGCUUAUUCCACUGUUGGAACACCUGAUUAUAUUGCGCCCGAGGUUUUAUUAAAGAAGGGCUAUGGAAUGGAAUGUGACUGGUGGUCACUUGGGGCAAUUAUGUAUGAGAUGCUGGUGGGAUAUCCGCCUUUCUAUUCAGAUGAGCCCAUGUCUACUUGUAGAAAGAUUGUAAACUGGCGAACAAAUCUGAAGUUUCCGGAAGAGGCAAAACUAUCACCUGAAGCAAAUGAUCUUAUUUGUAGACUUCUAUGCAAUGUUGAACAAAGGCUCGGAACAAAAGGUGCUCAUGAAAUAAAGGCUCACCCAUGGUUCAAUGGAGUUGACUGGGAUAAGCUGUAUACAAUGAAAGCUGCAUUUAUUCCAGAAGUUAAUGAUGAAUUGGACACUCAAAAUUUUGAGAAGUUUGAAGAGGGUGAUAAUCAAAUGCCAACUGCAAUGAAAUCAGGUCCAUGGAGGAAGAUGCUUUCUUCCAAAGACGUCAACUUUAUGGGUUAUACAUACAAAAACUUUGAAAUAUUGAAUGACAAUGAGGUCCCUGGAAUUGCUGACCUGAAGAAGAAGAGCACUAAACCUAAGAGGCCAACUGUGAAAUCUCUAUUCAAGGAAGAUGCUAAUUCUGGUUCUGCCAAACCAACUCAAGGCAGUUUCCUCAAUCUGCUGCCACCACAGUUAGAAGUUUCCAAAGAGGGUGAAUCAGAAUCUUUCUAACUUUUCUGACAGUCAGGCGAACUAUAUUCAGUUAUGCAUAUCAUACAGAGCAACAUACUGAUCUUAAUUAAUCUUUUGUAAGUAUUUCAAGGGAAAAAGGUUGUUUGUGUUAUAAGUCUGUACUUGUGUGGGUUCUUAGUGUCCUUCAACUGUGUAAAUUAUUCUUGAAGUGCAAAUAGCAUUUUUAAAAGGUAAUUUGUGUUAUUCUCCAGUCUUUUUGGUUUGUUUGUAGUAAUUUAAAUUUCCACUGGGAAGUCCUAGUCAAUCAAUUUGUAUUGCCGAACACACCGAUUCUCUUGGCAAGCAUUUGAGUUGGUUUCAUAAUGUGUUAUGGACUUGUGGCCACUUUUGACUUUGUUUUUCGAGUGAAGCUUUUAUUACCAUUUUUUUGCAAAUUGCAACUGCACUCAAGUUAGUAUAGAGCUUCUUUCAUAAAAAAAUGUUCUUAUAUGUUCUGUAAUUAUGUUAUCUCAAUAAACUUAAACUUUAUUCCCCUUUAAUAUUCGGUGUUCGAAUUUCAUUUACAGUUCCAUAAAACUGGUAUAGUUUGUCAAUAUGUAAAUGUUGAUUAUUGAUCCAUUUGUUUUGUUUAUGUAUAUUAUCUCAAUUCUAUACACUUAAUCUCGUAUAAGGGUACUGUUCAAACAAAAAUAGUGCUUAAUGCAAAAAGAGUUAAUUAUCAAAAUAGGACUAAAAGUCAUUCACUUUUCACAAAUAGGACCAAAAAAUGAACUAUGUUUGCAUAGAACUAAUUAUGUGUACCUUGGACAAUUAUACCCUUAUAGCUAUUAAAAUGUUUUAAUUCCUAAUAAAAUAAUAAAAAAUAAUAAAAUUUCGUAAAAAAUACUAAAAAAUUAAGAAAAACAUUUCGAUAUUAAAAAUUUAAUUAAUUUUUUUUUAAAAAAUAAAAAAAAUAAUAAAAAAAAAACUCAAAAAAAAAAAUCGCCACCGCCUCUGCCGCCUCAGCACCACCACCUCCAGUCAGCAGGGAAAAAAAAGCCAAGUUCAUUACGAAUGCCAUAUUUAUGUCAGAAAAAAAUGAAAAUGUUGGCAUUCAAAAAGAGAAAUAUGCCACUUUUUUGUCAUUUUAAGAAAAAAUGGCAUUUUUUCUGGGAAAAUGGCAUUUUUUCAUCGGCCGGAGGUGGUGGUGCUGUGAGGUAGUACAGGCGGUGGGAAAGGCAUCCAUAUUUUUUAAAAUUUUUUUACGGAGUUUUACUAUUUUUUAUUAAUUUUUUUUAAAAAUAAAAUUAUUUUAAAAAAAAAGUUUUUGAAUUUUUUAUUUUAUAAAAAUUUUAUAAUUUUUUUAAUUAUAUUUCUACGAAUUUUUGAAUUUUUUUCGAAUUUAUUAUGAAUUAAACUUUAAUUAUGACUUGACUAUUUUUAAUUCAUAUUUAUGGAAGGGUAAUAAUGGAAUGCAAAAAUAGAUAUGUUUCCAAUAGGACUCAUAUGGUCCUAUUUUGGAAUAAAAACAUAGCAAGUCUUAUUUUAGGUUUUUGCCA